AUGGACGGCUUUCUGCAGACGCCGGCAGACACACGCGACGAGGCCGGAGACCCCAAGAUGGCGGCGCACUCAGCCGCGACCGGAGACACCCCUGCCUCUACGCUUGAGGGGAUUGGGGACGAACUGCGCACGAUUGCGGCCUCUAUGGCCACGAAGGCAGACUUGUUGGUCCUGACCACCACCAUCCAGGACGCGCUGAGGGCGGAAAUGGCCGGCAUACGCACAGAGGUGACGGCACAAGGUACCCGAAUACAGGAGCUUGAACACUCCCACGAGGCCCAUACUGCCAGAUUGGUGGCUACCGACACGGCUGUAGCACGACAGGGUGUCCUACUAUUGCAGCUACGGAGAGCGGUCUAA